AUGGGCGCGUUGACGCUUCACCUCGCGAGGGCAAUCCACGGCGCGAACCCUCCCGUGCCGCCACAACUCCGUGAAGCCCUGUGCACGGCGCAGUACGAGAAAUAUACUCUCCCACGGAAGGUAGUGACGGAAGACGAUGCGCUCGAUUACGCACACGGACCGCAUGCGCUCGAGUUGUCGGAGCCAGAACUGGCGUCGCUGCACGAGAAGCACAUGUCCAGCCGUCGUGCGAUUCUCCAUACGCUUGACGUCAACCCGACUUCAAGCCGCGUGGCCCACGGCCUCGUGCGCCACUUCCGUCGUGCCCAGUAUCUUCUGGACGUCGACUUUCACGUCAGCACCAUCCGGUCAUAUCUCUCUUCCCGCCUUGCGCAAAAUGGAGGCGAACCCUUCCUCUCACACGUGAUUCUGGAUCUGCCUGCAUCGCAGGAUCAUGCCGAUACCGCUGUCCAGGCUCUGCAGCUUGGGGGCAAAAUGGUCGUUUUCUACCCCUCAAUCACGCAGAUUCUCGACUUCGUGGUUUGGGUUAAGGAGACUAACCAGCCUCUCGCACUGGAUCGGGUCGUAGAACUGCAAACAUCGACGUCUAACGGCGACGUUGGGUUCCGCGACGGCCUUGGUGGGCGACAUUGGGAUGUCAAAGUGGUUGAUAUCCGCAAGGCGACAAACUCUGGGGAGAAAGGCGUUGUAUGUCGGCCCAAGGUCGGCACGUUGGUUGUUGGAGGUGGCUUCCUGGCCGUCUUCAGCAAAAUGCCUCGCGCAGUCUCUGCUCCUAGUGCGAUGGCAGAUGAGGUUGAGCAGCCAGAGUCAAAGUCCGAGACGGAGUCUCAAAUUCAUAUCGAAGAGGAGGUGUUAAAGUCACAGUGA